AUGCUGAUUGGUGUGGUCCAUGCAAAAAAUUAACUCCAAUUUUGCAAAAGCAUGUUGAAGAAUCUAAUGACAAGUUUGACGUAGUUAAAAUUAACGUUGAUAAUCACUCAGAUAUUGCUGGUGAUCUUGGAAUCAGCUCCAUUCCUGCUGUGUUUUUGGUUCAUAAAGGAUAACCUCUUGACUAAUUUUUAGGCUUAGAUGAAAAAAAGCUUAAGGAAUUUGUUGAAAAAGCUAAGAAACUUUCAGAAGAAAAGUGAACAAAUAAUUUAAUAAAAUAAAUAGAUCUUUUUUUUGAAAAAUUAAUAGCAUAUUAAAAAUGUUUUUAAAAUCAUAAAUGAAUAUAUAAUAUAUGUUAUAUUUAUGGUAAAAAUAAUUAUUAACUAUUUUCAUAGCUAUAAUAAACAUUUUUGCUCCUUGAUAUUAAAUUAUUUACUGAAAUAUCAUUUAAUCUUUGUAUAAUUACACACAUAUUAUAUCAAAAAAUUUUAAAACAUUGAUAAAUGUUAAAUUAGAACAAAUGUAACUUUUAUUAUAUCUCCUACAUUUUAAAAUAUUUUUAUGUUAAUUAAUUGUUUACUAAAUUAAAAUUUAAUAUCAAAAUAGGGCAAACAAAAAUAUAUUACUUUAACUUACUAUUGA